GGGUGACGAUCCAAACAGAGAAAGAAACAAAAAACGUUUGCUUCGCCAUGAUCGAGACGCUGGCUGUUGGCCUUUGCUCCGCUCUGGCGGCGGCCGCCUGGCGGCGAAGAGGGCGAAGAGAAGAGCCGCGGAGCGGCGUCAUCUUCACUGGGACCGGGAGCUCAUCAGGCUGUCCCAUGCUGCGCUGCGCCAUCGGCGGCGAGGGCGGCGUGCCGGGCUGCAGGGCCUGCCGCCCGGCGCAGCGCGGAGGACGGAGGAAUCCCAACUGGCGGAACAACGUGGGCCUGGUGAUCCGAUGGUUUGCGGAUGGCCAGUGGCGACAUCUGCAAAUCGACUGCGGCAAGACCUUCCGGGACUCGGUGCUACUUUGGUACAAGGAGCACCAGAUCCACUAUUUGGAUGCUGUCCUGCUCACGCACGAUCAUGCGGAUGCGAUCCUCGGUUUGGACGAGCUGCGGCAACUGCAGCGCUUCGACCCGCAGACCCGACAAGUCUCGGGGCCGCCGCUGCAGUGCUUCUGCGACGGUCGCACCCUGCGGCACUGCCGUCGCGCCUUCCCUUACCUCUUUCCCAAAGAGAAGGCGCUGGGUCUGGCGACCGCGUGGUGUCAGUGCAACGGCGGCUGCAACGAGUGCGACAAGCCCACGGUGGAGCGUUUUGUGGCGACCAUCGACUGGCAGGAGAUCCCUGAAGACACGUCCGCCUUUCACGUGGCGGGCCUAACGCUCCACGCGCUCCCAGUGCUGCAUGGUGCCGACUACCUAUGCUUCGGCUACGGCUUCGGUCCCGCAGGCGGUCGCGUGGUCUAUAUCUCCGACUACACGCAACUGCUGCCGAAGACGGAGGCCUUGUUGAAGCUCUGGAGCCAGCCGCCUGAUGGCAUCGAGCUGAUGAUCUUGGACGUGCUCCAUCCAGACGCCACCCGUAGUCCGGUGCACGCCUGUCUCGAGGAGAGCCUCGACUUGGUCCGGCGCUUUCGCCCUCGCAAGGCGUUCUUCGUGGGCAUGGGCCACUACUGCGAGCACUUCGAGAUGAACCGCAAGCUCUGUUUGCUGCAGCUCGAAGGUUUGGAUGUCCAGCUGGCACACGACGGCCUUUUCCUGCCCAUCAGCUUAGCGUCAGAAGAACGUGUGUGAGCCGGCGUCAAACGACCUGAUCAUUUCGCAUGGGGCUGGGAUUGGCAGCAUCAUUCUCAUGUGGUUUUCCUAGUUCGUGUGA